AUGGAAGAGGCCUAUCACCUACCUCUUCAAGAGGUUGAAUGGUGGAGUUGCAGGAUAGCCAACCUGUCUCUGAGCCAUAACGACAACUGCUUUACUGGUGAUAACCCAAUCGAGCCUGUCCAUGACUGCCUUGAAACAAUUGAGACUCUCCAAGGUCUUCGGCCAGACCUGACUGAUGUGCCCUGGAAAGAGCCUAAUGAAAUGCUGUUCACUGAUGGAAGCAGUUUUGUCUUCAAUGGAACCAGGUAUACUGGGACAGCCAUGCUUGCUCAUGUGACUGCACUAAAGUCUAAAGAUAGGAAAGAAUCUGUGGUUGAGGAGGAAAAUUCCUUUUCUGAAAAUCAGCCAUUUCCUUCUCUUAAGAUGGUUUUAGAGUCUUUGCCAGAAGAUGUGGGGUUUAACAUAGAAAUAAAGUGGAUUUGCCAACAAAGGAAAACAGAAUAUUACAGUUAUCUCCCAGCUGAAAAGUCUUUAUUAAAUUGUCCUUUUAGGGUUCGGCAAAAACAGAACAAAUAUCCCAUAUUAUUUUUGACUCAAGGAAAAUCUGAUAUCUACCCUGAACUCAUGGACCUCAGAUCUCGGACAACUCCUAUUGCAAUGAGCUUUGCACAGUUUGAAAAUCUACUGGGCAUAAAUGCACAUACUGAAGACCUGCUCAGAAACCCAUCCUAUAUUCAAGAGGCGAAAGCUAAGGGACUAGUCAUAUUUUGCUGGGGUGAUGAUACCAAUGAUCCUGAAAACAGAAGAAAAUUGAAGGAAUUUGGAGUUAAUGGUCUAAUUUAUGAUAGGAUAUAUGAUUGGAUGCCUGAACAGCCAAAUAUAUUCCAAGUGGAGCAGUUGGAACGCCUGAAGCAAGAAUUGCCAGAGCUAAAAAGCUGUUUGUGUCCCACUGUUGGCCGCUUCGUUCCCUCAUCUUUGUGUGGCGAGCCCAAUAUCCAUGUGGAUGCCAACAUCAUUGAUAAUGUGGAGAAUGCUUAGUUUUUAUUGCACAGAGGUCAUUGGGGGCAUGCUGUGCUAUUCUGGGUAUUCACUUUUCAUCAUUGAACAUUGUUUAUCUAUGCCUUUUGGGUUUCUCAGUCCAAUAAAGCAAUAAUGAAGUAUUUUACUCUUUCACUACAGUUCUUGCAAGGAUUUCAAGUAUGCUGUUUAAAUCACUUGGCCAGGUAUAAUUACCAGUCAUUCUCUUUACAAUGAGAAAAUUUAUUGGUUGGCAAAUAUAUUAAGCUAAAUAUGUAAACCUAUAAUGUUAAAUAAAUGUUUGUUAAAAGCAUAGCACUUUGAAAUUAACUAUAUAAAUAUCUCGUAUUUACACUCCUUAUAGCUUUUCAUUUGAUCAAGUCUGAAAUCUUUAGCACUUAAAGAAAAUAACUGCAUAAUUAUACCUGACCAUGAACAAAAUAAGUACCUCAAAUGCAUGCAUUUGCACUGGUGAUUCCAACUGCACAAAUCUUUGUGCCAUCUGUGUAUAUAGGUAUUUUGUAUGUGGAUUGACAUGCACAUAAACCAUCUUCAUUCAGUAUGAACCUUGAACUGUGUUUCAUAAGUUUUUCAAGAGUUGUUUUACAUAAAUGAUAAAAUUUCAAAAUGCUGCAGGGUAAUUUAAUGUAUAAAAUAUUAGUGAGAAGUAUGUAUUGCAUACUUAGAGUAGAUCACAAUGUAUACAUCCGAUUCAAUGCAUGCUUUAGGAUUUAAGCAUGAUAUUGUACACGUUUACUGUUAAGUCCUUGCAUCUGUGGUGCUAGGUGAGUGUGAGAAGAUGUCAAGGACUGAAAAUACAGUUGCCUCAAAAGCCUGUUCAUAGGCAUUGUUAUUAUAGGCUUAUCUUGUCUCUCACCACCUAUUCCACACUGUUGCUUAUGGGUUUUGUGUAUGUGUGUGUGUUGUACAGUAGUUAAAUCACCAUGCAGAAAAAUAAAUGUCCUGAAUUCUCUUAUUGGUAUUCUUUAUUAGUUAAUGUAUAUCAUGCAUGUAAUUUAUUUAGAAAUGUAGAGAUAUUACUAAAUGUGUAUGUAUGUUUUUAGGAUUAUACUAAGGUUUCUUUCAUUAGAAGCAGGUUGUGUUGACAUGCUGUAACUUAAGAAUGAAUGUUAAAUAAAAUGACAGAUUUAUUUUCAUUAUAAAAUGAAAUUUCAAGAAGGU